UGAUCGACUCCAUAAUUUAAGUCCAUUAAGUAAUUAGUAAAUUAAUUAGAAGGGAGUCAUGAAAAGUUUCCUGUUUGCACGCACAGAUGAGAGCGGGGCUUCAAUAUUAGCUGGAUUGCCAUAAAAACAGUCCUUUGAACAUUAAUCCCGGCGUGAGUUUUCCAGGUCGCGCAAUUACAUAAGUGUGCGUACAGCGGGGACUGCGGUGUGGAGCGGAGAGGAGGGUUGAGCUCAGGCUCUGUUUUGACGCUGUGGGGAAGAGCAGAGAGGAGGAGUCAUUCCGCCAACUGCUGGCCUCUCAGAUCUAAUCUGGAUUACAGUUUGCUCCACUCUGCAGCCAGGACACCAAUAAUCACAUUAUUCUGUUUCGGCCUGACGCCUCCCGAAGCGGGCGGAAGUGGCGAUGUCAAGUCGUGGCACCGCCGCUGGCGCGCUUGUCUCUCAAAGCUGAACUGCGCGUUUAAACACCAGUCAUUUGUUCUCGGGAGUUUGGAUGGUUUCCCCAGCGAAGGUGAUGUGAGUGAAGUUGGGUGAGCGUUCCUGCGGGAGGUGGUUGGCUGGGUGGCGUGCAUCCCCGUGUGCAGAGCACGCAUUCUGCAGCACAUCCAGACCGAUCACUGCAGCCUGCGCUGGAAGCGCAAUAAAUUACUCUGGACCUCACCCAACCUCUGCCACUGAUAUAUUAGAAGGGCAGAUGGUCAGUCAUGGCACGUUUAGAGGAAUAUCUGCUCCACUUUCCACUCCCAAACGACAAACCAAGAACACGAGGUCUAGGCUUGCCCGUACCUUUGUCUCCAGUCCUCUGAGGGUUACACCUCCUCACUCUUACUUGUGCAAAAUUUCAUCCACAGUCCUGCCUGGAAAGCUGCCAACUCCCUGCUGACUCUAUAUUCCACUGAGCAGCGGAGGUUUUCCUCCUCCUGUCAGCACGAACUGAUCCAAAUUGACUUGCAAGUGGAAAUUGAUUAGGGGUCCAACACAAUGAACUGCACCCACCCUGAGAAGGAUUUUCCAGUUGUCCAUGCAGUUACAGUCUCCCAUGCAUUCGUGUCUCGGAGGGCUACAACUCCAUCUGUUUGACCACAUCCUCAUCUUCGCUCCUCAUUAAUAGCCAUCAUGGAGGACAGCAAGCUGAUCUUCAGUCUGGACCGCCAUGAGGAGGGUCCUUCUGUGACCUUUUCCAAAGACAAACCAGAAAGCAGGGAGAGCCAGCCUGAACCCAGUUUGUGGAUCAAUCUGGACCUUAGCCAAGGGCAACGCUCCCAGCCUCUCUUCCUGCCUCACUCCCCCUCUUCCCCAGGCUCGUUAGCUGAUCUAUCAGAGUCAUCAGCAGGCCUGCCUGUCACCACCAACCUAGUGAAAUCUUCCUCCACGGAUCUGGAGCCAAGGGAGAGCAGCUCUUUAAGAAGCAAGCCCCUCCUCAGUCUGGUCAAGUCUCUGAGCACAGAGAUCUCCCGCCGUGUAGAGCCAGAAGUCAACCUCUCCAAGUCUGACUCCAAGCUACAUUUGCAUCCUUUUAAGCAGCUUACAUAUCCAAAGAUCCUGGAGGCCAGACCUGAAACAGGAGGAAUGGAUGAGAACGACGCCUGGGUUUCACCUCCCUCCAUGGGCAGCAUGUCUCCCACGGAGCCACGGGGCAGUUCGCUUAUCGCUGAGCUGGAGGACACACGGCGGAAGUUCUCGGAGGCCAUGCAGGACCCACUGAGCAUGCUGAGUAAGAUUAUGGGGGAUGAAAGCUCUGGAAGCCCCAAGCAGGGGAGGACUUCUGGUGCAGGAGAAUCACCAGCCUCCCACAGCACUGGUGGAAGAGAUGGAAGCAGCGACGAAGCAGGCCUCAGGUGUCGGAGGAGAACUGAUGGUGAGCACAAAGGGGUGUGUGACACUGCCGUCAGACGACUCCAAAAGGAUUCAUUAAUGAAAUCCUCCAUCUCCCCAGAACGGCACACCCACAGCAGAGACAAACAUUUGGAAAUCUGCACCUAUGGGGAUAUGAUUCAGGUGGUGGAGCGCCAGAACAGCUCCAGAGAGACACAUCCUAGAACUUACCCUCAGUGUCAAGUGACAGUGCCGGGUUCAUCUUUGCCUCUUCACUGGCUCUUUCCUGUGGGCCUUCUAGCUUAUGGUUUCUUUGUCCUGCCUCUUCCUCCCUACGUGACAGGUCUGUCCGUGGGGAUUGCGUGUGGCUUUAUGCUGGGCUUGGUACUGGUGUUCAUGUUUGCCCCACAACGCUCAGCCGCCAAAAGGAACUGGGUCUUACAUAGCAAACUCAGUGCCAUGAACGACAAUCCACUGGACGGAGAGCUUGCAAAUCUACACAACCUACAGUCUAACUGUGGCAGAUCAAGACGACAGGGCUGGAUGAAUGAGACACACAGCUAUGACCCUGAGACUUUCCACCCCUCCAUCACACACUCUGUCUAUGUUACACUGGAAGGCAGCCGGCUGCAACUAGCAUACCCACGUGCCAACAUCGCCCGGUGGGCUUCUUUCGACGAGACACCCCACAAAGCCGUGUUUCUGCAUUCACGCACUUACCAGCUGGCUAACUGUAAGGUGUCUCUGGUGCCUCCUGGUUUGGCUCGUAAGAGGGUAUGGAACAGGAAGUACCCAAUCUGCAUCACUCUGGCUGAGGGGGAGGAAGGGGAGGAAAGCGUGGUUGAAGGGCAGGAAACCGAAGAAGAAAGGGCAGAGAAAAACACAGAUCCCCACCAGCAGUUUCCCGUCACCCUCUACCUGUUUGGGCGCACUGGAAGAGAGAAGGAGGAGUGGUUCCAGCAUUUUGUGUCAGCCUCCAGAGCCGGAGCCCAGACCAGUGUGAGCGAUGAAGGAAACACAGAAACACUAAGCAGUGGAGAGACCAUUAAAGAAAGCACAGAGGAGCUGCCUGAUUUCCCAGGAGCAAUGAAAGCAAGAACCCUACUGGACUACAGCUCCUACAUGAUUCAGCUAAUGGGCUCAGAAAGUUGCAGUCCCACCCCCAGCCCCUGCCACAGUGACAAGGGAAGCCCCACGACUUCCAAGAAGAUUGACGCCAAAGAGCAUGGUUCUGGAGGUCAGGGUGGAGCUGAGGCUGGUGCAGGUAGUGGGCCGGGGGAAUGCUCUGCAGAGAGUGAGCCCACCUGGGUUAACUGUCUGGUGGGAAGAAUCUUCUGGGACUUUCUCCGGGAGAAAUAUUGGGUCGAUCAGGUGGCGCACAAAAUCCAGAAGAAACUCAGCAAGAUCAAGCUGCCGUACUUCAUGAAUGAGCUGACUCUGGCUGAUCUGGACAUGGGCACCUGCCUACCUCAUAUCCUUAGCACAUCCAAACCUACGCUGGACUCCAGAGGUCUGUGGCUACAGCUAGAGUUGGUGUACACCGGCUGCCUUCAGAUGACCCUGGAGACCAAGAUGAACCUGUGUAAGCUGGGUAAAGAGGGAGAGGAUGAGGCUCACAGUGUACCAGAGACCCAGAAAGUGGGCUCUAAGAUGAAGCUGUGUAUACUGGCCGAUAGUGAUGAAGAGUCAUCCAGCGCAGGGUCAUCUGAUGAAGAGGAGGUGCCUCCGUCUGAGCUACAGGGAUGCGUGGGAGACAAGAGUCCUGUAAUGGCAGCCGAGGGGCACACAGGUGGCAGGACAAGCAGGAAAAUCUUGAGAUUCGUGGACAAGAUAGCAAAGUCCAAAUACUUCCAGAAAGCCACAGAGAAUGAGUACAUAAGAAAGAAGAUAUCUGAGGUCUCCAACAUGCCCCUGAUGCUAAGCGUUGAGGUCCUGGAGCUUUCUGGGACACUGGCCAUCAACAUCCCUCCUCCUCCUACUGACAGGAUAUGGUACAGUUUCCGGUUGCCUCCCAGGUUGGACCUUCACGUGCGUCCCAUGCUGGGGGAGAGGGAGGUCACCUUCACUCAUGUCACUGAGUGGAUUGAGAAAAAACUGCAGUGUGAGUUCCAGAAAGUGUUUGUCAUGCCCAACAUGGAUGAUCUUUAUCUGCCCCUCAUGACAUCUGGACUGGACAACCCACCCGCAUCCCACCAUUCCUCAAUCCAUUCCUCAUCCCAGCAGUCGUCCAUGGAGUCUCAGGAGUACCUGUCAGAGUAGGCGCGGCUGACGCCUCAGAUGUUGAGGCUAAAUUGCUGAUGUUCAGCUAUUAUCCUGAAUCUCUAAUGGAUUCAGAGGCUGCUGCAGCUGGGUCCCAGCUUGAGUGGGUUCUCUGUUACCAGUGCAGGACAAAUGUCUCCUGAAGCCUCGCUGAGCUCAGCAGUGACCUCGUGACUGUGAGAAUGAUGCUGCAGUGCCCCCUACUGUGAAGUUCAUUACUGACAAGAGAAGUGUUUUUUAAAAUGCUGACAACCGCUAACUGCACAAAAUUAAAGGGUUAUUGAUGUAUUUUUAAAAGGGAAUGCUGUUUGAGCCAACUAUCAUCCAUCCAUCCAUCCAUCCAUCCAUCCAUCCAUCCAUCCAUCCAUCCAAGAAAGAAUAAAAUUUGAUGAAAACUUC